UUCAAUCGUUUCGUUUUCAAUCGUCGCGAAGGCAGAAAAAAUUUGCGAGCAUUCGCGUUUGAAAUGUGCCGAUUCGAACGAAAUAGAAUAUACUCGGUGCUCGCAAUCAGUUGGCGUGGCAAUCAUGUCGCGAGAGGUGGUUUCGAGUUUAUUUCUCUAUUUAGUAACCUUCUUUCUUUUUACCGUCUCCAACGUGUUUUUAUUCGCAGAAACAAGUGCUAACGAUCUGUCCGACGAGUGCUUGAAGUUCGACAUCGCCGAAUUGGAGGAUUAUUUGUCGAAGCUCGAUUCGAAGAAUCUACCUACGAUUCGUAUGAUGGUAGGUGAGUUCAAAUGUCCAUUGAACGCAUUGCCAUUCGGUGCUCUAAAGUCUGACUGGGCAAGAUUGUUGCUACUGCAAAAAGCGCAACCGAACGAUUCCAUCUUCGAGGAGAAACUGUCUCGUCUCUUCAGGAUCUUGCUGGUUGCUUAUUUUCGAACGGAGGAACGUUUCGACGUUGUCGAGCAAGAUUUACGUACUACGAAAAGAUUUUCCCAAUUUAAUGUUGGUACCUCAACGGAGGUGACGUUAACGAAAGAAUUUGUUACGUCGAACGAGUUAACUUCAUCGACAACAGAAUCUUCGAUCUCAAAAUCAAACACGCCGAACGAGUCCAGGACGAAGAAUAACGUUUCAAUCCCAACAUUUGCUAUCACUAACGCUACAGGCAGAACGACUUUUACGAGCCAUAAAAAAUCAAUCGCAGAAAAUGUCGAAGAUCAGCAGACUACUGAAUCAAUAUUUGCUACCGAGGUUAGCAUAACGUCCACUGAUAUGAAACGGGAUUUUGCGAGGACCAAAGGUAGAGGAGAUUUUCCCGUAUUUCACGAUUCCUCGAAUGUCCUACCUUCCGACGAGAAUACCUUGAGCGAAGAAGACGAUUUGAAGUUCAUCACGAUGCAAUAUCAUAACGCGACGAAUAGAAAUUUCGUAGAAUUUGAAAAGACUGCGAGUCAAAUGAUUUCUAAUAUAAAGGAAACCACUCAAGUAAAUUACGAUUACAGCAGUAGCAGGAAUAGUAUCUUUCAAGUUCUUAAAAAUACCACCCUCAGUUGGAAUAAAAUAAAGGAAUCAGCAAUUUUAAGAACACCUCCACCGAGUAACGAUUUUUGGAAACACGUUGUAAAUUCUCGAAACAUCACUUUGGCUCCUCCUACAAAUAUGAUACCAGCGUCGGAAGAUACAAAGAUGAGAUCUAAGAAGCGUGCGAGUUUGAACACCAGUAUGGAGAAAAAUUUCAGGUGGUUUUAUAAUUUGGGACAGGAGGAGAAACGAACCAGCAACGUUUCUGCCGAGCAACGAGGAAUUAAUAUCGAGUGCAGCAGGCAGGCGAAUGAAAAAUAAAGUAGGUGUAUAAGAGCGAGCAUAGAGGGAAUUAGAAUCGGUCGAAUUCCCAGAAUGGAAACGCAGCAGUAAGUUAGGCGAGUGGUGAGAGGUGAGCCUUCAUUAUACAGGGUGAUUCUCUCGCUAAUUUGCUCAAAGGAAAUGCUUUUACUCUGGUAUGAAUGGGCCGAAGCCCUUUUCUGUCAUCGACGUGGGUGCAUAUUGCAGCUGUGUGCACCCCUCGAGAUACCGAUGACAGAAAAAUGUCCAUUCAUACUGGCAUGUUUCCCCUUAGCGAGGGAAGCGAUCGUUUCACGCGAGUGUACGAGAGAACAUUUACCCAAUCUUAUAAACGAUACUUCGAACCAGUCCAUAAAUUUAUGAUCCAGGACACUGCUGACUGAUAUUUACGAGGUUUGCAGCUGGUUACGUUCGUCAUGUUUUACGAGUAGCCAUAAACGAAGUCCUCUUAUUAUCUCGAUUCUUCGUGUAGGAUUUUUCGAAUCGUCACCAAUUUUCGGGCAUAACUCUGGAUAAAAUUUACACGAGCAACGGAUCGUCGAACGAUAUCGCGUUACCAACGUGAUUACGAUCCAGUUAAAAUUACACGAAACCUUGAUAAAGAUAGCCGAGCAUGCGGUGUUUUUUAAAUAUUUUUUUUUUUAUUUUCCCGCUGUUCGUCGAACAGACCGAACCGGCGAACGAAACUGGGUAGAUUUUAUAAUUGGCUUUACGCAAACUAUCACGAUUCCCGAAUGGUUUAAUAACAAUUUUUCGAGGUACCACGGUUGAUCAGUUUAAUUUGCACGGAUAGCAUAUCAGCGGCUCUGUUAAUAACGGAAUCGAAUGAACAGAAGAUAUUUUUGUUUAAUUCGAUUCGAACGAUCUACGGGCUGGUUCGAAAAACGUGUACACAGUGAAAAUGAUACAUUUUUUAUUCGCUAGGGUAUGUAAAAGUAACUUGGAUUUAAAUCAGAAAUUCGAGUUUCGGUUUCUUUUAUUUUCGUUCAGUGAUUUUGUCGUACUUCGACGUUGUUUCCUCAGCCUUCAUCGUCGCGGUUCAUAAUAGAAAUUAAUUAAAGGACUCUCUGUAAUUGAAAUCCAUGGAAACUUUGCCAGGUUGGAUGUGCGGACCAACUGAAAACCUUAUCUGACUUCCAGAGAUCGGUCGUUAGCAUAUAAUUAAGAGCGAUUGUAGCCGGUGCUUGUUUGCAUUCGUUUCGCGUUCGGAUACGAACGGACUGAUUACUAACUAGCGAGAAACUAUCGAGGGUAUUUCUAACGAGUCGACACUUCUCAGCUGUGGUGUCAUUCGUUCUAAAGAUUUACAAUACAUUCUUCGUUCCACUUAACU